AUGAUUCUAACAGUAGAAGAAGACUAUGAUAAAUAAACUGGGACGGAUCUGCCUAUGUUUUCAAGAGUGGGAAAGACCACUGUCUCCAUGUAUAUUGCUUUUAGUUAGGCUGCUAUGAGUAAAAAAGAAAUGGAGGAGUUUGCAAAGCACAAUCCUGGUGUUGACAUUGAAGAGUACAAGAAGUCUUUGAAAUCUAAGAGAGCCUCAAAAUUUGAUGGAGGUCUAGAUGACCUGUCUAAAUAAAGAGAAAAAUUCCUUUAAAAAUAAACUCUAACAAUGAGUGACAUAGAUAAGUUUUUCCAAGACGUUAAAUAAAAGAGGAAAGAAGAAAAAGAGAAGCUAGAGGGUGAGCGAAAGGCAAAAGAGGAAUCAUUGAGGAAUUCUCUAAACACAACUCAAGAGGCUAGAAGCUAGAGAACUAUGAACAACAAUAUGCAGCAUCAUUAUAGUACAGCAAGCGAGUUUAGUUAUAAGGCUGGCACUUCACAAUUCAAGGCAGUUACCAGAGAAUAAAGGGAAAGAAUACUUAGCAAUAAUACUGGUUCAAAUGAUAAUAAACCUGAGGUAGGAAAGUAUACUCCAAAAUAUAAUGUAAUAAGAGGAAAAACUCUGGAGGAGCGUCCUUAACUAAUUAAUGGUGGUAAGAACGGUAGUGGUAAUUAAACUCCUUAGAAUUUAAGAUCAAGGAAUAAUAAUGAUGACUUUCCAGGUGGUUUAUAGCACUCAGGGAUUCAAGAUAAUUAAUAAAAUCAGUCUACUCAGUAAAACUAAAUUACAACUGAUAAACAGGAGCAACUAACAACCUAAAACCUAGCUCACCAAUAAUCAAUGAAUAGUAAUCAAUCUAAGAGGCUACUGCCAAAGUCUCUUCAUAAUGUAUCUCUCAGAUAAAAUAAAAAAAUGGCCUAUCAGAAUAUUUAAAUUAGCCCUAAAUAUCAUCUAGUAAUAAAUAAAGUGGAGGAUGAGAUUGAAAACCCUAGGUAAGUAUUCAGCAACAACUCAGACUUGAAUAUAUAAGAAGUAGUCUGGGUUCACAGUCCUAAACAAAAUCUUGACACGCAUGUGCAAGGAGUUUAGUUUGAUAAAAAAGUUGGGAGAAAAGAUUUUCAGAUUAGACCAUAGAGCAAAGAGAAGAAUCAACAAAUCAAGAGUAUGAUGUUUAGUGAUGAAAACAAUUUCUCAUCUAAUGGAUUAAGUUCCUAUGAAUAUGGGCAAGAUUUCAGAAAUACAUUUAGAUCUUCUUAUGGAAGCAUGUCAAACAUAUUUAAAAGUAUAGAGUUUGAGAAAAUGCUACCAAGAAAAGAGAUAUUUACUAAAUAGCCAGCAACUUAAGCAAACUACAAACCUAAUCUUGAAUUUGGAAUGGAAAAAACUAUAAAAGGCUUGUUUGACAUUAAGCAAAUGGGUGGUAGACAAAGAUAACGAUAAGGGUGUUUACUAAAAUAUAAUGAUGGAUCAUAUAGUACAAUGACAAGUGUGAACUAUGACAAAGUGCUUGAAGCAAAACAUAAACAAGUUGCUCAUCUCCCAAGUAAAGUGGUCUCUCCAGAUCUAAAAAAGGCUAAAGCAAGAGACCUUGCUCUCUAUAUGCAAACAGAGGCAUUGAGGAAUGUUCUAAAUGAGAAUUAUAAACUAUAAGUAGAGGAAUAAAUAGCGAGAGAAUAAAUGAUGACAGAAACUGGAGGUAGCUCACAUGGUUUUAAGUAGAGAGGUCAAAGUGGAAAAGUCAGACUAGGUAGUGCUAAUAGAUUAAACCUAUUGAGUUAAAAACAUAAAUCUGGUUUAGUAAAGAUGAAUUCUCAGUUAAGAGGUUCAUUGAGCUAAGCAAACCAAAAUUAGCUAAACAAUUUCAGGUCUAAGGCAUUAAAAGGCAGCAGCAGUAAAAAGGUAUUGAAUGUAAAAAGUCAAAGUUUUAAAUGA